UUUACGCAACUGUAUUCUCUAAAACACCAUAGGAUUACGGUACAGUGAAGGAAUGGCGCAAGCGUAAACGCUUUAUAGAAUUAGAAAAUCUGCGCGCAUGCACUUUGUUAGGGGGAGUGAGAGGAGCAUGAAUGGAGCAAAAUGGCGGAUCAUGUGCAGAGCCUAGCCCAGCUAGAGAUCCUGUGUAAGCAGCUGUACGAGACGACAGACACAGCGGUGAGACUACAGGCAGAGAAAGCCCUGGUGGAGUUCACCAACAGCCCCGACUGCCUCAGCAAGUGUCAGCUACUUCUGGAGAGAGGCAGUUCGUCGUACUCACAGCUGCUUGCCGCCACCUGCCUCUCUAAACUGGUGUCUCGCACCAGCAACCCUUUGCCUCUAGAGCAACGCAUCGACAUUCGGAACUAUGUGCUUAACUACUUGGCUACUCGGCCAAAGUUGGCGGCGUUUGUGACUCAGGCACUGAUCCAGCUCUACGCCCGAAUCACCAAGCUGGGCUGGUUCGACUGCCAGAAGGAUGACUACGUCUUCAGGAACGUCAUCGCUGACGUCACACGCUUCCUCCAGGUACCUGACAGUGUGGAACACUGUAUCAUAGGGGUCACCAUUCUCUCCCAGCUGACCAAUGAAAUUAACCAAGCUGACACCACACACCCUCUGACCAAGCACAGGAAGAUCGCGUCCUCGUUCAGAGAUUCCUCUCUGUUCGACAUCUUCACUCUCUCCUGCAACCUGCUCAAACAGGCCUCUGGGAAGAGCUUGAACCUGAACGACGAGUCGCAGCACGGCCUCCUCAUGCAGCUGCUGAAGCUCAGUCACAACUGCCUCAACUACGACUUCAUAGGAACGUCCACGGACGAGUCGUCCGACGACCUCUGCACCGUGCAGAUCCCCACCUCCUGGAGAUCAGCUUUCCUUGAUUCCUCCACCCUUCAGCUCUUCUUUGAUUUGUAUCAUUCCAUCCCUCCGUCCCUCUCCCCGUUGGUGUUGUCGUGUCUCGUCCAGAUAGCGUCGGUACGCAGGUCUCUCUUCAACAAUGCCGAGCGAGCCAAGUUCCUGUCUCACUUGGUGGACGGAGUCAAAAGGAUAUUAGAGAACCCACAGAGCUUGUCAGAUCCCAAUAACUACCACGAAUUCUGCCGUCUGCUGGCGAGGCUGAAGAGUAACUACCAGCUGGGAGAGUUGGUCAAAGUGGAGAACUAUCCGGAAGUUAUCCGCCUCAUAGCCAACUUCACUGUCACAAGUCUACAGCAUUGGGAGUUUGCCCCCAACAGCGUCCACUACCUGCUGAGCCUGUGGCAGCGCCUGGCUGCCUCCGUCCCCUACGUGAAGGCCACCGAGCCCCACCUCCUGGAGACCUACACCCCCGAGGUCACCAAGGCCUACAUCACGUCGCGCCUGGAGUCGGUCCACAUCAUCCUCCGGGACGGCCUCGAGGACCCCCUGGACGACGCAGGUCUGGUCCAGCAGCAGCUGGAUCAGCUGUCCACCAUUGGGAGGUGUGAAUACGAGAAGACCUGCGCCCUCCUGGUCCAGCUGUUUGACCAGGCGGCCCAGACCUACCAGGAGCUCCUGCAGUCCACCAACUCCAGUACCAUAGACAUCACAGUACAGGAGGGUCGGUUGACGUGGUUGGUCUACAUCAUCGGAGCAGUGAUUGGAGGGAGAGUGUCGUUCGCCAGCACAGACGAACAGGAUGCCAUGGAUGGAGAAUUAGUGUGUCGGGUACUACAGCUGAUGAACCUGACGGACUCCCGGCUAGCCCAGGCAGGGAACGAGAGACUGGAGCUGGCAAUGCUCAGCUUCUUCGAGCAGUUCCGGAAGAUCUACAUCGGUGAUCAGGUGCAAAAAUCAUCCAAGCUGUACCGACGGUUGUCCGAGGUGCUGGGCCUGAACGACGAGACCAUGGUCCUCAGCGUCUUCAUCGGGAAAAUCAUCACCAACCUGAAGUACUGGGGCCAGUGUGAACCCAUCACCUCCAAGACCCUGCAGCUUCUCAACGACCUCUCCAUAGGGUACAGCAGCGUGAGGAAGCUGGUGAAGCUCAGCGCCGUGCAGUUCAUGCUCAACAACCACACGAGCGAGCACUUCUCCUUCCUGGGGGUGAACAACCAGUCCAACCUGAGUGACAUGCGCUGUCGGACCACCUUCUACACCGCCCUGGGGCGCCUCCUCAUGGUCGAUCUAGGCGAGGACGAGGACCAGUUUGAGCAGUUCAUGCUCCCUCUGACUGCGGCCUUCGAAGCUGUGGCUCAGAUGUUUAGCACCAACACCUUCAACGAGCAGGAGGCCAAGAGGACGCUGGUGGGGCUGGUACGAGACUUGCGGGGCAUCGCAUUCGCCUUCAACGCCAAGACCAGCUUCAUGAUGCUGUUUGAUUGGAUAUACCCAGCCUACAUGCCCAUCCUUCAGAGAGCCAUCGAGCUCUGGUACCAUGUCCCAGCAUGCACCACGCCCGUCCUCAAGCUCAUGGCUGAGCUCGUCCACAACAGGUCCCAGAGGUUACAGUUUGACGUGUCGUCACCCAACGGGAUCCUGCUGUUCAGAGAAACCAGCAAGAUGAUCACCACCUACGGUAACCGCAUCCUGACGCUGGGGGAGGUUCCUAAGGACCAGGUGUACGGCGUCAAGCUGAAGGGCGUGAGCGUGUGCUUCUCCAUGCUCAAGGCGGUCCUCAGCGGCAACUACGUCAACUUCGGCGUGUUCCGCCUCUACGGCGACGACGCCCUCGACAACGCACUGCAGACGUUCAUCAAGCUGCUGCUGUCCAUCCCUCACAGCGACCUGCUGGACUAUCCCAAGCUCAGCCAGUCCUUUUACUCCCUGCUGGAGGUCCUGACCCAAGAUCACAUGAACUUCAUCGCCAGUCUGGAACCUCACGUGGUCAUGUACAUCCUUUCCUCUAUAUCUGAGGGGCUCACCGCGCUGGAUACGAUGGUGUGUACGGGGUGUUGCUCCAGUCUGGACCACAUCGUGACCUACCUGUUCAAGCAGCUCUCGCGCUCCACCAAGAAACGUCCUGCUCCCAUGGCAACCGACGAUCGCUUCCUACACAUCAUGCAGCAACAUCCGGAGAUGAUCCAACAGAUGCUCUCUACUGUGCUGAACAUCAUUAUCUUUGAGGACUGCAGAAACCAGUGGUCCAUGUCCAGGCCUCUACUUGGCCUGAUCCUGCUCAACGAGAAGUAUUUUGCGGACCUGAGGAACAGCAUAGUGAACAGCCAGCCACCAGAGAAGCAGCAGGCGAUGCACUUGUGCUUCGAGAACCUGAUGGAGGGAAUAGAACGCAACCUGCUCACCAAGAACCGCGACAGGUUCACCCAGAACCUGUCCGUGUUCAGGAGGGAAGUCAACGACAGCAUGAAGAACUCGACCUACGGAGUCAACAGCAACGACAUGAUGAGCUGACAUUCCACGCGGCAGAGUCUUACCCCUCUCCGCCCCGAGUCUCCGCUGUUGUCCCCCCCGGCCCCCUCCCUCGCGUCCUGCUCAGCCCGCCGCCACCACCACCUCCUCACCCCCUCUCACCACUCGGGCCAGGAUGCCUAGGGACCCUUUCUUAACCUGGCCUGCACUCCUCUGUAUUGCACCCCCCCCCUCCAUUCCCUUCUAUAUGUUCCCCCUCCCCUUCGUGUUUUUUUUUUAUAUAAGCAUAUAUAAAUAUAUACAGAUCUAUUUUAUAGCCAGCGCGCGUAGGCCUCCCGAGGUCACUCGCCUGGCUU